GAUAUUUCUAUCUGCUGAUGAGAUAUCUUUAUUGCGCUACCUAAGUUUCCAAACUUUCUUUUUGGCUGAUCACUUUAUUUCUUGUCUCUGCACCUCAAAUGGGACAUGCAUGUUUAGGGGACUAACUACAGUAACAUCAAAAUGCCUAAUCUCGAACAUCCAGCGUACCCAGCCGCUACACUGCUUCACUUGGAAAGUUUGGUGCCUUGUCGAGAAUCCCAGGUGUCCAUGUUGUUGUCAAUAUUUGGAGAGCGUCAGCAGUUUAGUUUUCCAUCCAUCUUUAUCUAUGGACAUACAUCUAGUGGAAAGACUUAUGUGAUGCAAACUCUUCUAAACACCUUACAGCUUCCUCAUGUGUUUGUGAACUGCGUGGAAUACUUUACUUCACGACUUCUUUUAGAAGAAAUUCUCAUCCAGUUGCAAAGCUAUUCUGAGACAGAACAGAAUUCUCACGUGCCUUGUGAUACUUUCAAUGACUUUGUACGUCUGUUUAAACAAGCUGUUGCGAGUCGAGAGCUUGAAGAUCAAACAUUAUACAUUGUACUGGAUAGAGCAGAGCAGCUGAGGGAAAUGGAAGUAAACAUCCUGCCAGGGUUUCUUAGGCUUCAAGAGUUGACUGACAGAAAUGUGACAGUUGUCCUGCUCAGUGAAAUAGUAUGGGAACUGUUCCGUCCAAGUACUGGAUGCUUUGAGCCCUUCACCUUGUAUUUUCCCGAUUACAGCAUAGGACACCUGCAGAAGAUCUUGUCUCAGAAUUACCCCCCAGAAUAUUCUGCGGAUUUCUAUGCUGCAUAUAUCAAUAUUCUGCUUGGUGUCUUCUACAUGGUCUGUAGGGACCUGAAAGAACUUCAGCAUCUGGCAGUGCUCAAUUUUUCUAAAUACUGUGAACCAGUGGUUAGAGGAGAAGCAAAUGAACGUGACACCCGCAAACUCUGGAAGAAUAUUGAACCUCAUUUGAAGAAGGCAAUGCAGACUGUUUAUCUCCGGGAAAUAUCCAGCUCACAGUGGGAGCGCUUACAGCAUGACGAUGGAGAACCUGGGCAGUUGAAAGGACUUUCUGCACAUACACAUAUGGAACUUCCUUAUUACUCCAAAUUUCUUCUAAUAGCUGCUUACCUUGCCUCCUACAAUCCUGUUAGGACAGAUAAGAGGUUCUUUCUUAAGCAUCAUGGGAAAAUUAGAAAGACCAACUUUAUGAAGAAACAUGAAAAGACCAGCAAUCACCUCCUUGGGCCAAAGCCGUUUCCCCUGGACAGAUUGUUAGCAAUACUAUAUAGCAUUGUGGACAUCAGAGUUGCUCCAACUGCAAAUAUAUUUUCCCAGAUCACCUCUCUUGUGACUCUCCAGCUGUUAUCCAUGGUUGGCCAUAAUGACCAGCUUGAUGGACCACGAUAUAAAUGUACUGUAUCUUUGGACUUCAUCAGAGCUAUUGCCCGGACUGUGAACUUCGACAUAAUAAAGUACUUGUACGAUUUCUUGUGAAAACAAGCUUCACAGCCAUAUGGACACUGUGACAGUGACUAAGGCAAGCUGUGUUCAUCUCUCUACUUAGCUGGCCAGAAAGAAGAGUAUUUUGGCUCUUUUGGAUUUGUCCAAACAGGUGUUGGCCCAGCAUGGAACCUGAUGAAAAUACUCUGAUUGGUCUGGGUGGAUCUGAGCAGAGGACUAUUUACCAGGGACCCUGGAGUAUUUGGAAGCAAUGUGUUAAUUAUAAACAGCAGGGUUUGAGCACAAUCUGUUCUACUCUUAAUGAUGUUAUCUUAACACUGAAAUUGCCUGAAACCCAUUUACUUAGGACUGCAUCUUGCUCUAUGAACUCUCCCCAGUGCUUUGAACAUGGCAGCAGCCCUUGUUUGUAUGCCCAGUCUUUUCACUUCCUCUCCACAGAAAUCUUUGCAAUUGCCUGCCAAAGCAGCUUUUCCUGAGGCCACCAUUUUAGGAGAGUGGAGUAGCGAAAUAUAAUAAACAUAGGAACGUAUUUAAAAUC